UCACUCUGUGUGGCACACACAGCUUUGUCGGCUCCUGAGAUGAGACACAAGCGGCCGCACGGAAAACACAAUCGGUGAAAUAAUCUUCCACACGAGUGUUGUUGAAUAUGUUGAGGAAGUACAGCUAACGGAGCCGGCUUCAUCCAUGGAUAUAUCUCCGGAGGUUUCCAGUGCGCAUCGCGAAAUCAGUGGCGAGAUUGCUUUUGCAGAGGAAAUACGCCUUCCGAGCAGGAGAACAACCAAUCAGCCGUGGCGAACCAAAGAUAAACAAGCCUUAUGAUAAGACGAAACUCUCAGGUUUAUCCAGGCUGUGUGCAGCCCUAGUGAACUAUCAUGCUGGCCUGUAUCCAGAGACGGCAGAACCUCUCGUCGCAGCGUUUGGCUUGCACACCCAAAAGCCUCGAUGUUCCACCACCGCCGUUACUGCUGCCAGUACCACCACUGCAGCCCUGCACCCACAAAGGCGAGCCAGCCUCCAUGAUUUCUCGGUAUCCUUCUCCUGCAGAGUUGGAUGCCUUUGCCCAGAAGAACGCCAACAGCCCACUGUCCAUCAAAAUCUUUCCAUCUGACGUCCGGGUGCCACAGCAUAAACAGCUCAACAAAACGGUCAACGGCCUAGACACCACAGGUCCCCGCUUUAGCCCGUAUUCACACCCGUACUCAGGAGGAUAUCAGGGCUUGUUGGCCAUCGUCAAAGCCUCUGUGGUGGUCAAAGGUGUGGUGAAAAACUCAGAGGGCAGGAGGACUAAACAUGCAAACUCCCAGGCUUCUGUGGCGCCGUAUAAUAAUCCUCUGAAUAAUGGCUACACUGUCAGACAUGGGCACAAGGCCUAUCAUAUAAGCGCAUGUAAGCUGCCUGAUGUACCCAUUGAGACGCUUUGUUCUAGUGCAGGGAUGGCCUCCGGAGAUCAGAGCCUGGCCCCCCAGUCUGAGCUGGCAGAGGUUCAAAGCCUGAUGAGGCAGAUGAGCAGAGUUCCCCACAGCCAGACCCUGCAGCUGGGGGGAGAGGCUCGAGCCAGCCCGUCUCUGCAGGCCGUGGCUGCAGUGGCACAUUCAGACUCAGACUUUGUCCUGGGAGUGCCGCCCCAGAGCAGUCUGGCAUUCACGGGGGCAGUGCUACCGACACAGAGUGCAGACAUAGCCAAAGCUGGUUACUUAGAGAAAGGAGACUACACGGUGUGGCAGCACAAACAUCAAAUUCAGCAGCAGCAGUAUCAGCAGGGAGCAGUGAGGAUGUACAGUGUGAGUAACAGUGCUCAGGGGCAUAGAGCAGCAGAGACUGGGGUUGGCCAGUCUCCUGAAACCUGCCUCCCUUUGGCGUGCUCCUCGCAGCUGUCUUACAGGCCGCAUCCCCCCAGCGUGGGAGCUGGGCAGGAGCGAGUCAGCAGCUCCUCUCUGAACUGCGCUGCCAUGCCGGGGGAGUUCUCUGUCGGACAGUACUUUGCUCCUCUCUGGGACAGUGUUGUGGCCACCCCUAACAGCGACUGUUAUACUUCUCAGGUGCUGGCAACGGGUACAUGUGCAGCCAGGCCUAGAGACCUGGGGCUCUCCCAUCCCCACCUCCACCCAAACCGCCAUCAACACCACCACCACCACCACCACCACCCUCAGCGUCACCAGCCGCAGCUCCACCUUCCCCUUCCUCCUCAUACCCAGGCCUACAGCAAAGACCAAAACCUCUGUUGUGGGCUGCCUAGUUCUAGCCUGUGCCACGCUGCGGUACUUAGCAGCAGCCUGCAGUCUCUGGAGUGCCUCAUCAGUGAGAUCCACCCUCCCUGCAUCAAAGAGCGCAUGCUGGGCCGUGGGUACGAAGCCAUGGGGAUGCCUCAGCUGCUGGAGCACCACCAGCAAACCCACAUCCAACUCCCUGUCUACAGAUAAGACCAGGUGCUGGCACACAACAGGACGCAGGAGUGACAAACCUAUUAUAGACAGUGGAAGUGCGUCAGUUCAGACAUCUAUGAGAAUGAGACAUGCCUUUUUAGUUUGUGCAUGUGCUAUAUUUGUAGAAGGCUUUGUGUUUCCAAGCCUGAAGGUAAAUGAUAAUCAUGACUUAAGAUAUAAGUUAAUCUUAUGGACUUUUCAUGUUUUAUUUUUAUAUCUUAAAUGGCUAUCAAAUAUGCCUGCUGUUCUUCAUUUAAUACUGAUGCUGAGCACCCAAUCAGAAUCUGCCGUUCCAUUUUAAACAUGAACUGUCUAUUUUGCAGGUGAUUUCUCUGUAGGCCUUUACAAAAAAAAAAAAAAAGGACACUUGCUGGACUGAAGUAAUCAUUGGUACCCUUCUAAAAACACUUGAAUCUGGGAAGGCUCUCUGGUAACAGUUUUUGUGAAUAUAUUGUAUAUUUUUACAAACAAUGGCUUCUUAUUUGAGAGGGAACGUCCCUCAAUUAUGAACUGAAAUUUUGGUUGUCUGCUGCUUUAUUGUGAGUUUUGUUUUGUCCUAUUUUCCAGUGACUCCUGCCCCAGCUUCUGCAAUAUGAUGCAAAUCUCCUGGCCACUGUAUGGGGAAACAUUUUUUGCAUACAAAUGUGAAUAUAUAUUUUCUGUUAUGCAGUCAUAGACAAAGUUAUGUAAUUUAACAUCUUAAUUGAUUUAAUGUAGUCAUGCUCAGCUCAGCAUAUUAGGACUGUUGCAUAUCCAAAUCAACACUGUGGCAUUCAGGCCAAGCAAGAUGUGCCCUUUGGUUGUAUUUUGUUAACAUUUAAAAUUGUAAGAGGUUGUGUGGACAUUUUUUUCUUGAAUGACAUAAUGUUUUUUCUCUUGAGGGUUCUGACACUGUUACACAACACCUGGGUAUAAUGGAGUGCCAUGUUGGAGAGCAGGCCACCUGAUUCAUUUACAUGUAUCUUCUUUGUAGGGCUAUAUUAUCUCUGAUGGUGUGAAAUGUAUGACUGAGUAGAUCUUUGUGUGUCUGCACUGGUUCUGUAAUACUAUUUAUUUAUGUCGGCCUGUUGAGUUACAUAGCAAACUGUCUCUAUAAUUAUAAAGUGCAAUUAUUAUAUAUGAACAUGUGAGCGCUCUCCAUGAAGUAUGUUGUUGAAAUAACUACAUUUUGCAAUGUAUGACCCUAAUAUCCCUCACCCUUUUUUGCCUCUUCUUAAUAAGGAUUGUCAAGUAAAUGAAAUUUUCUAAACCCAGCAAAUAGUUUGUGUUAUUACAUAUUAUUAGUUACUAUCUGUCAAAUGUGGAGCUGAGGAGAUGGUUUGAUUAUAUUCAUGAAUGAUAAAGUGGUUGUGGGAAAAUUAGA